AAGGCAGAGAUCGAACACAGGCUGGAAAAAAAGAGAAGGAAAAAAGCGAUAGGCAGACCCAGAGAGCAAAGAUUAGCGUUAGAGUGUGGGUCAAUACUGAGCCUCAGAUGCACAGGGAACUGCAGGGAGCCACAGCCCAGCACAGCAGCAGUCAACUUACAUUAACUCACACACGGAAACCACAGCAUGGAUGUUCGGUCUACCACCUCCGCCUCGGUCAGCCAAUCUCUGCUGCCUCCAUCCGCUCGUAUCCGGCGGUACUCCGACGUCAUGGCGCUCCCGGACUCCUUCAUCCAGAAGCAGCAACUGGACGCCUCCAUGGCCGACACCUUCCUGGAGCACCUCUGCCUACUGGACAUCGACCAGGAGCCAAUCAUAGCCCGCAACACUAGCAUUAUCUGCACUAUCGGUCCAGCGUCUCGGUCAGUGGUGAAGCUGAAGGAGAUGGUGAAGGCCGGCAUGAACAUUGCUCGCCUCAACUUUUCCCACGGCUCACAUGAGUACCACGGUGAGACGAUACAAAACAUCCGUGAGGCCGUGGAGUCGAUGACCACUGACCCCCUCUACUACCGACCUGUGGCCAUCGCCUUGGAUACCAAAGGCCCAGAGAUCCGUACGGGGCUUGUGCAGGGGCAAGCAGAAGAGGAGGUGGAGCUGGUGCGAGGAGCAACGGUUCGUGUGGUAACCAAGGAAACGGACCGUGACAAGACAGACAGUUCCAUGAUCUGGGUAGACUAUCCCAGCCUGCCCAAAGUAAUCAAGAGGGGGGGUAGGAUCUACAUUGACGAUGGGCUCAUCGCUCUCAAAGCACUGGAGAUAGGUGAGGACUGGGUGGAGACUCGUGUGGAGAACGGCGGCACCUUGGGCAGCAGGAAGGGUGUGAACCUGCCGGGGGCAGAGCUGAUCAAACUGCCGGCGGUGAGCGAGCGCGACCGGGCAGACCUGCAGUUCGGCGUGGAGCAGGGCGUGGACAUGGUGUUCGCCUCAUUCAUCCGCUCCGCACAGGACGUGCGCGCCGUGCGAGACGCCCUCGGCCCCAAAGGCAAGAACAUCAAGAUCAUCAGCAAAGUGGAGAGCCGACAGGGAGUCCAGAAUUUUGAGGAGAUUUUGAAAGAGACUGAUGGAGUGAUGGUUGCCCGCGGCGACCUUGGCAUUGAGAUUCCUGCAGAGAAAGUCUUUAUCGCCCAGAAGAUGAUGAUUGGACGCUGCAACUCAGCAGGGAAGCCAGUCAUUUGUGCCACACAGAUGUUGGAGAGUAUGGUGUCGAGACCCGAGGCCGGCGCAGCGUGGAUGAGCAGUGAUGUGGGCUAACGCCUGUGCUGAAUUGAGCCGACUGUCAUGUUUAUUUGUCGGGGAGACCGUAGGGGACACUUCCCAGUGGAGGCAGUGGCCAUGAUGCACUCGAUCUGCCGGGAGGCAGAGGCAGCCAUCUUCCACCAGCAGCUCUUUGAGGAGCUGCGGCGUUUGACCCCCCUGUCCUCUGACCCGACGGAAGUGACGGCCAUCGGCGCCGUGGAGUCCUCCUUCAAGUGCUGCGCUGGAGCCAUCAUCGUGCUCACCACCACCGGCAGGUCUGCCCAGUUGCUGUCCCGGUACCGGCCGCGGUGCCCAAUCGUCAUGGUGACGCGUAGCGCUCAGGUGGCGCGGCAGUCACAGCUGCUGAGGGGCGUGUUUCCCGCCCUCUUCCACCCCGAAAUGGGAGCCGUGUGGGCCGACGACGUUGACCAACGUGUCACAUUUGCCAUGGACAUAGGUAAAGCACGUGGCUUUUUUAAGCCGGGGGACAUGGUGAUUGUGGUGACUGGCUGGAGCCCUGGCUCAGGACACACCAACAUUAUGCGUGCGGUCACUGUGCAGUGACCUGACGGGGACCUGAUGAUACCUGACUAACCGAGACCUUAGUGAGACCUGACUAACCGAGACCUUAGUGAGACCUGACCAAGACUUAAACGACGAUAUGACUGUAACUUCAGACUUCAGUAAACCAUAACUGAGACCUGACUGAGAUUUCACAUAGAAAUGAUGGAGAGACCUGACUGAGACUUUAUUGAGACAUGACUAAUCAGACUGACAACAUUCUAAGUCGCCAAACACACUGACCACUCACUCACUGACAUGAGGGACACAGCGCGUCAGCCAAUAGGAAGACGCCUGCUCUGUGAUUGUACACUCACUGUCUGACUAUCUUCUCUUUAGUCUGUUGUUUACUGCCAUGCAUAAAUAAAUAAACAAACUUCUUAGCUUUUCAUCAGCA